CAGGUGACGCCCUUCCCAUGGUGCCCUGCUCCCCCCAGGGUCACCAUGGGAGACGAGCCUUACCAAGAAAGUCGAGCUCACGAGCUGUUUGAUGAGUUUGUGUCGGCGUCGACCUGCAGGGCGGUGCUGCAAACCUUCGGCCAGUUGUGUGAACAUCUGCAGAUGGACACCAGCACCGCGGAGAGGCCGCUGUACCGACCAAUCAAAUGCCGCCUCAAUUACUGGAGGGCCAACGCUCUGUGGGCCAAGCUGGAACGAAGGGCCGCACAGCAGGAGUACCUGAGGGCCCGGGUCUGCAACAACACAACGUGUGUGAUUAUUGGGGCGGGGCCGUGCGGUCUGAGGACGGCGGUGGAGCUGAGCUUCAUGGGAGCUCGGGUGGUGCUGCUGGAGAAGAGAGACUCGUUCUCCAGGAACAACGUUCUCCACCUGUGGCCCUUCACCAUCCAUGACCUGCGGGGCCUAGGCGCCAAAAAGUUCUACGGAAAGUUCUGCGCCAGCUCAAUCGACCACAUCAGUAUCCGUCAGCUGCAGCUGGUCCUGCUUAAGGUCGCCUUACUCCUGGGGGUAGAAGUUCACGUCAAUGUGGAAUUUAAAAACCUGGUGGAGCCGCCGGACGACCAAAGACGCAAGGUCGGCUGGAGAAUGGAGGUGAAUCCAAAGUGUCAUCCUGUUAAUCAUCUGGAGUUUGACGUCAUCGUUGGAGCGGACGGACGCAGGAACACGCUGCCAGGUUUCAGACGUAAAGAGUUCAGAGGGAAACUCGCCAUCGCCAUCACGGCCAACUUUAAAAACAGAAACACCAGCGCUGAGGCCAAAGUGGAGGAGCUCAGCGGGGUCGCCUUCAUCUUCAACCAGAGGUUCUUCCAGGAGCUUCGACAGGAAACAGGGAUCGACCUGGAAAACAUUGUCUACUACAAAGACGACACUCACUACUUUGUGAUGACAGCAAAGAAACGGAGUCUGUUGGAGAAAAGAGUUAUUCUACAGGACUUUGCUGACACUGAGCAGCUCCUCUCACGGGGGAACGUGGACCAUCAUGCACUGCAGGUGUACGCCCGCGAGGCUGCCAACUUCUCCACUAAUCACCAGCUGCCGUCUCUAGACUUCGCCGUGAACCACUAUGGUAAGCCAGACGUCGCCAUGUUUGACUUCACCUGCAUGUACGCAUCUGAGAACGCCGGCAUGAUCCGACAACGCCAGGGACACCAGCUACUUGUCACACUGGUGGGGGACAGCCUGCUGGAGCCCUUCUGGCCAAUGGGAACAGGUGUAGCUCGUGGUUUCCUUGCGGCUCUAGAUUCAGCUUGGAUGAUCAGGAGCUGGUCUCAGGGCGGAGCUCCGCUGGAUGUCCUGGCUGAGAGAGAGAGUUUGUAUCGUCUCCUCCCUCAGACGACUCCAGAGAACAUGCAGAAGAACAUCAGUGUUUUCUCUGUGGAUCCAACGACACGCUACGUCAAUGUCAACACACACCGUAUCACACCUGACCAGGUGAGACACCUGCUGGACACUGGAGAAGAGGCGUCGCUUAAUGCAAACUGGGGUGACAUCAUCCAUACGCCUUCGCCCAGGACACUCGGAGAGGACUCCGUGCCACAGACCAAUCAGCUGCUGUCGUGGUGUCAGGAGCAGACGCGUGGUUACCGUGGCGUAGCUGUGACUGACCUGACUACUUCUUGGAAGAGCGGCCUCGCUGUGUGUGCUGUCAUCCACCGAUGUCGGCCCGAGCUCAUAGACUUUGACGCUCUCGAUGAGUCGUCAGUAGAAGAAAACACUCGUCUGGGUUUUGAUGUCGCAGAACAACAGUUGGGGAUUUCUCCUUUGAUGACGGUGGAAGAGAUGUUGUCAGUCGGAGAACCGGACUCUCUGUCUAUGGUCGUUUACCUGAGUCAGUUCUACCAGCUGCUCAAAGAUUCACCGCCCUCUGCUGGAUGUUUGAGUCGGAGCUCAGAUCUGAGGUCAGCGCUCGUCACUCCUGUCUCCCUCCUCAGUCGACUUGGACACAGUCCGUCCAGGAAAUCGAACCCAAAGGAGCUAAGAGACGCUGCAGGUAAAAGGAGGAAGACCAGUGGACUGAGUGAAGAGCAGCAGGAGGUGUGCGAGAACGUGUCUUUGUGCAUGUCCACUGGAUCCAGAGUUCGUCUCAUGGCCAAUCAGCUGCAAGCAAAGCUGGACCAGACGUUAUCUUCUUCAGCUUCACCUCACCGGCAGGGGGAGGUGUUGUCCAGUGUCCAUCCAGCCUCAGAGUCUGCGGAUGCUGCUGCCCAGCCGUCCUCAUGGAGACCGAGAAAACGAACUCUCCAACAGGAACAGAUGAGUUUCCGAUUCAAAGAGAAGAUCAAGUGUCAGAGCGCCCUCAUCAGGGACGAGCAGUUUCCCGUCUGCUGCAGCGAUGUCUGUUUCUUCUGUCAGCAGAGAGUCUACGUGAUGGAGCGUCUGAGUGCUGAGGGCUUGUUCUUCCAUCGCAGCUGUUUCCAGUGUGAUUUCUGCAGCAGCUCACUCCGACUGGCGGCUUACACCUUCGACCAACACGCCGGGAAGUUUUACUGUCUCCAUCACUACGACUGUUGUCUGAACACCACCACGGCGAAGAGGAGGCCGACGGCGUCUGACAGAUCAGCUUCACACCGAACAUCUGUGGCGUCUCAGGGCUCAGGCCCGUCCCUCCCCUCCUCUGACUCUCAGGACUGGGCGGAGCGUCGCCGCUCGUCAGAAGUUUCUGUGAUGGCGGCGAUGCCCGAGAGAAUCGAGCUCGAAAACUGCAGACGAAGCUCGACCGAGGCGGGGCUUUGCGAGGAGGCGGAGCUCCAUGAGAUCUCAGAGGAGACGUUGAAUCAGUUCAACCUGAAUCUGGAGCAGAAACAGGAAGUGAGUUCAGAGUCUGGGAGCGAUCAGGAAGAGGAUCAAGGAGGUCAUGUGACCUCAGUGGACGUCAGCGCGUCAUUGAGGGAAACUCUACAUCACCUCCUCAGCAGAAACGGGGAUGAAGAGGAGUAUUAUGACGAAGGCAGUGAGGUGGAGAACAGGGAGAAGCUUUUUAACCCCGUCCCUCAGAGCAUCUCCUCAGUGGCUGGAAGUGACAUCACAGGGUCUGAAACACCUGUGGAGCCUUAUUCCACACUUUCAUCAUUGACUCCGCCCCCUGGUUCCACUCCCUCCACCGCUUCCUUUAUCACCAUACCUGACUCCACCCACUAUGACGGUAGAGACACUGUGGCCUCAAUGGAAACAGUCGGUCAGCAGCUUGUGCCCCGACAGUGGGGCUCAUUCGAUGACAUCAGCCCUGAACUACCACCGAAGAAACCUCUCCCCCAAUAUGAAACAUGGGCGUGGUCAGAAGAAGCAGAGGCAGGGUUUGAUGAGGAGGUAGAGACGGAAAGGGGGAGGAGGAGACAUCACCUCUCCAACCCUCUGCAGGGCCUCCUCCAGCUGAAGGGGCUCAAGGAGGCUCCGCAGCCUGGACAGAUGGAGAUGGAAGGAGGCGGAGCCAGAGCUCUGUGGAGGGCGGUGUUCUCCGGAAACAAGGAAAAGAAGAGGGGCUGGACUUCACCUCCAGUAAAGACAAAGGUUACAGCCAAUCAGAGGAGAGCUACAGAUAUGAGAGGAAGUCUGACUGAAGAGUCAAAUCUGGAGUCAUCAGCGCUGCUGCAACGAUGUUCGCUAAAACCCAGGAGCAACCUGCGUCUGGAGGUGUUCGAUCUCACGUCUGAAAUUCACCGAGUCACAAUAACGGAAGAGGAGGAACAGGAGCCGUUGUAUGUUCCACAUGCUCUGGCUUUCAAACGAUCAUACGCCAUCAAGAGACACUCUGGGAGGGACAGACUCCCCCUGCAGGACGCUGAUGGACAAUCCUCUUGUCCCACUGAGGUUGUCGGGGUCAUAGUUGAGCCGAAGGAGCCGUCCAGUCUGAGCGUGAAGGAGGCCUUGUUCCACAGGGGGCGAGAGGACGAAGACCUGGACACGAAAAUCACCAGACGAGUUCAGAGAGCCGCUCGACGACGAGCGAAACAGGAACAACAGAAGAGACUUCACAAGGCUCAGAUGAUCCAGAGACGUCUUCAGCAGGUUGAACAGAAACAAAGAGAACUGGAGGAGAAAGGAGUGAUGGUGGAGAAAGCGCUGAGAGGAGAGGCUGAUUACUAUGGAGAUUCUCUCGACUGUCAAGAUGUCAACCUUCAUCUCGGAGGGCUGGGUCGUGUGGAGAACCCGGUUCUGAUGCUUCAGUGGUUCCAGCUCCUUCAGCAGAAGAAUUCUUUGCUUCGAUAUGAAUCGGAACUCCUCAUAUUUGCUCGGGAGCUGGAGCUGGAGGAUCGACAGAGUCGUCUGCAGCAGGAGCUCAGAGAGAAAAUGGCAGUUGAUGACCAACUGAAGGGGGCGCAGCAGCUCCUGGAGGAGCGUAUGAUGUUGGGGGAGAUGUUGGAGGUGGUGCAGCAGAGAGACUCUCUAGUGUCCGUGCUGGAGGAGCAGAGAAAGCUGCCAAAGGAACAGCAGGACCAGAACCUGGACCUUGGACUCAGCUGAUCCUGGACCUGGUCUCAACAUAUCCAGGAUCUCUUUAUCCAGCUGAACUAAGCCAGACAACCCACAGUCAGGCUCUGUGGUGACAUGAUGCUGGUUUAAACUUGUUAAGUUAACUCAUUUAGCUUUGGAAGUCUUCUUUGGAGUAGGUCCAGAUCCCCCAGAUAUCAUCCAGAUAACAGUAGUAUUGGGUUUUGUUUUUGUAUCUGGAAGACAGUCUACUUCCAAUCUGCCAUGUGUAUGUUUGGAUAUGUCCGUUACAUGGUCUCUGGUUGAGGUUGUGUCUUGAGAGAGUGAGAUCAUGCAUCACUGUGCCUUUUACAUCGCCUCUAGCUCCUCCCACCAUAAAUUUCUAUGCUGGCGUGGAGGUAAGCUACUCGACUCGCCAAUUAAAGAUGAUUAAACCAA